CCAAUCAUGGAGGAUUAGAAAAAUACAAAUCCAAUAAUUGAAUAGGGUUCUCUUACUAGUCAGAGCUCGAAGAAUUUUCAAAUGGAAGGUGGCGUUAUUACUACGGAACUGAAGAUCAGCUAGCGUUGACUUUUUUUUUCUCUCUUAAUUUGAGUGGCAGAUUGUAAUCUAGUGACGUAAAUAUCCACAUAAAUAGUAGGUCUGAUUCUAGUAUUAAUAUAUUUGUCCAUCGAUAAUGAAAACUAUAUUAGUAGAAAUAUAAGUGGAAUAUUUCAAACCCGAUUAGCAUUCCACACCCAAAAAUCGUGAUAAUAUGGUCAGUUUUAGAAGGUUGUUCUUCAUUCUCACACACUUGAUUUUCAUUUUCAUCACAACAACUUCUCAGCCAGACUUUUUUCUAAGCAAAUGUUCAGACAAAUCAGAUGACAGCAACAACAGCAGCAGCCGUUUCCAUCAAAAUCUCCGCAACGCACUGGCCUCCAUCUCGUCCAAAUCCAGCACCCAGAUAACCAACUACGGCUUCUACAACGCCUCCUUUGGCAACGACCCCGACCCAGCCAACGCCAAGGCACUGUGUCGCGGUGGUGCGCCGUUGGAACUAUGCCAAACUUGCGUCAACAACUCGGCCCACAGGAUUCUACAAGACUGCCCUUCCCAGAAGGAGGGCACGGGAUGGUAUGACGAUUGCCAGAUUGUUUACUCCAACAACUCCCUGCACGGCGACGUGUCGGUGGCCGGGUUGACAACUCAGAUUUAUUACAAUCUCGAAACGGCCCCCGACGUGGAUGGCUUUAACGCGGCGCUGACGGAGUUGCUGAUUGGGCUGCGGGAGAGGGCGGCGGCAGGGAAUUCUACUAGGAAGUCUGCCGGCGGAGAUGUGAAGCUUCCAAGUCCAAAUUUUUAUACCAUAUAUGGGCUGGUUGAUUGUUUUCCCGACAUGUCGUUGGUUGAUUGUGAUGUGUGCCUCAGUGGCCUUAUGAGUUCUCUUCCUAACGGCAGCAUUGGGGCGAAAUCAGUUGUUACGAGUUGUCAAAUCGGUUAUGAGAUCCACCCUAUCUAUGACUCACUUCUCUCUCCUCCACCGCCACCGACGCCGACGCGGCCACCGCCUCUGCCGGAUGUUCUCUCACCAUCUUCGCCUCCGAUCAAAGGAGAUAAUAAUAAAGCAACUAGAAAUGUUGUAAUUAUUGUUGUUGCUUGGACGCUUUCUGUUUCCAUAAUUAUCAUCUUCAUCGUUCUUAUCAUUUUGAGAAAGAGGAGGAAGCUGAAGCAAAAGACUGAACGAACAUUGAACAGAGGUGAAGCCACAGAUGAAAUCAGCAGCAUUGAGAUGCUGCAAUUUAAUUUCGAGACUAUAAAGUUAGGAACAAAUGAAUUCUCCAAUGAGAACAAACUUGGACAAGGUGGAUUUGGAGUUGUUUACAAGGGUAAGCUGCCAAAUGGACAGCAUAUAGCAGUGAAGAGGCAACUUGAAAACAAUUCACAAGAAGGAAAUGUUGAGUUCAAAAAUGAAGUUCUUUUAAUGGCCAAACUUCAACAUAGAAACUUGGUUAGGCUACUUGGAUUUUGCUUGCACAAAAAUGAGAGACUUCUCAUAUACGAGUUUGUACCAAAUGGCAGCCUUGACCACUUCAUAUUUGAUUUUGGGAAGAAGAUUCUUUUAGAUUGGGGAAAACGAUACAAGAUUAUAAUUGGUAUUGCACGCGGACUUCUUUACCUUCAUGAAGAUUCUCAUCUUCGAAUCAUUCAUCGUGAUCUCAAAGCCAGCAAUAUUUUGUUGGACGAAGAAUUGAAUCCGAAAAUUGCGGAUUUUGGCACAGCAAGGUUGUUUGAAGUAGAUGAGACUCAAAGGAAUACAAAUAGAGUUGUGGGAACCUAUGGCUACAUGGCACCGGAAUAUAUAAUUCAAGGACAAUUUUCAGUAAAAUCAGAUGUCUUUAGUUUCGGUGUUCUUGUUCUUGAAAUUUUGAGUGGCCGAAAAAAUACUCGUUUUCGCACCGAAGAUUCAAAUGAGGAAGAUCUUUUAAGCUUUACUUUUUUGUGCACUUUUUUGCAGGCAUGGAAAAAUUGGAGCGCGGGAACAAUAACAAAUGUGAUAGAUUCAACCUUAACUGCUGGUUCUCGAAUUGAAAUGAUAAGAUGUAUUCAUAUUGGACUACUAUGCGUUCAAGAGAAUACAACGGAACGACCAACAAUAGCUUCAGUAAUUUUGAUGCUUAGUAGCUUCUCUUUCACUCUCCUUCGACCUUCCAAACCUGCAUUUUUAAUGUACAGUAAUGUUGAUGGGUCCAAUGUACUUUCAAACCGUAGCAGAUUAGUAACGAACCAGUCUGAUCAUUCCGAAUGCAUACCUCUCCAAAUUUCUAGGAAUGAAACUUCAAUUAGUGAGAUUUAUCCUCGUUAGUUUGUAAUGGAUUUGCUAA